CAGCGGUGAUAAUAAAUACAGAUGGCAGAUGCAGAGAUGCAGAAGGCUAUCUCCAUUUGACGUUUGUUAUGAAUACUACGGAUACCAAUUUUCAUAAGCUGGUCUGCAAGUUUAAACUUAUCGAGUUUCAUUGCGCUUAGAAUUUUAAUUUUCCAUUUUUGUGAGAUGUUCCCAAUCUGAAGCUCUUCGCAAGAAAAAUGAACAAUUUUGAAAAAGGAAAUGAGAUCAACAAACGUGAGCAGCACUUAUCUCUGCUCAAAGAGGAAUAUGUUAAGCUACAAUCGUAUUGUAGUGAUUUGGAAAGGAAGUAUGCGCUUGCAUCAGCUUCAAUCGGCGAUUUAAAUGAAAAUAGUUUUGUUUCAAGUCUAUUGAAGACUGUAACCAGUCUUCAUAAAAACACACUUUUUAGUGAUAUGAAAGUGAAACUGGAGGACCAUGUUGUCCCAGCACAUAAAAUAGUAUUUGCUUCCCGUAAUAGCACUUGGGGAAUAUCAAAAUCUAUCGAGCAAAUCGAUAUCUUAGAUUGGAGUCAUCUUGGGAAAGAUGUCGGUUCUGCUGUACUGAAAUGGGUCUACACUGAUCAAAUUGACUUUUCUAAAGGGGAUGAUUUUACGCUUUCGCUCAUGAAAACCGCAAAUGAUUUCAAACUUGAGGAAGUGGUUUCCAAGAGUGAGAAAGCGUUAAUGGCAUCUGUUAAUGUCAAAAAUUGUGUACGCUUCUACUCUACUGCUGAUGAAAUUGGUGCUGAAACAUUGAAGGAGCAUUGCUCGUCUCUCAUUUCUGCUAAUUGGGAUGAUUUUAGUAGCGAAGAUUUCGCCCAUAUGCGAGCACCUCUUCUGUAUGAGAUGUUCAAACGAAAUACUUCGUAUCCUCUUCAUUCUGCUGUUAGACUGAGACGGGAAGAUGUUGUUUUUCUCUUUCUUGUUGAGCAUCAUUCUCAGCUGCCGACAAUCUUGAAUGCGCUUGAUAACAGAGGUGACCUAGCACUUGAUAUGGCCCUAAAAGAGCAACAGACCAGCAUUGCUCGCACGCUCAUUGAAAAUGGAGCUGAUCCUGAUGCCAAAGACCCCAAAGGCUGGACUAUCACCCACAGAGCUGUUGAACGAGGUGAUGCAUUUUCGGCCAAGUUCCUGAUAGAGAACGGUGCAUCGGUUGCUAUAACAACGCCUGAGCGCGGUCAUUCCUUGCUGCAUCUGAUAGCUUCCUCUAGUCACCAUUCUGAUGCCGAGUCGGCCAUGGCUGAAAUAGCUAAGCGACUGCUUGACUCUAACUUCGAUCCCAAUCUGCAGGACAAAGAGGGCGUGACGGCUUUACACUUGGCAGUGAUGGCUAGGAAUGAAGACAUCUUCAGCUUGCUGUUGACUAAGUCAGUCAACUUGAACGUGCAAACACAUGAAGGUCAUGCCCCGCUUUGGUACGCCCUUAUUGCUAGUAGUCGUUAUAACUCAAACAGUUUCGCUGCACGUCUCAUUGAGAAAGGAGCUGUUCCGAACCCUAUCUAUGCACAAACAUCAGACUCUCUUCUACACCGAGUUGCUGAGGAGGGUCUAGAAGAUGCUGGUUUAUUCCUAUGUACACAUGCUAAUAAUAUCAAUCAUACAAACAGAAAGGGUGAAACGUGCUUGCAUAAAGCUUGUGAGAAAGGAUUGUCUCGCCUGGUAACGAAACUAUUGGAAUGCGGAGCUAAUCCUAACGUGCAAACGUUUCCACCUGAUGAUUUAUCCAUCAACUCUGAUGAUGUGCCUUCUUACAGGCAAACCCCCAUACAUAUCGCUAUUCGGUAUCAUAAUGAUAAUGCUGUUAAAGCUAUCCUCGAAUAUAAAUCCACUUUGGAUGAUGUUAAAGAUGCACUGAUGCCAAAUCUGAACCUGAAAGACUCAAAGGGAGACACCCCUAUUUCCUUAGCACUUACCACUAAAAUGCAGAAUCUUGUAGCAGAUCUUAUUCAAGGUGGAGCAGAUGUUAAUAUAAGAAACGGGGAAGGACUGACUUUACUCCAUCAAGCUAUUAUAAACAAGGAUUCUGAAACAGCUAUUUUCCUACUUAAUCAAGGAGCUGAUGUUGGUGCUAUAACUGCUGAUAACCUCACUCCAUUGCAGUUGGGAAUUAAACAUGAGCAGCCUUCAGUAGUUGAAGCGUUGUGCCGUAGAGGGGUUGAUCUCUCCUCUCUAGAUGCCGACAAAAACUGCCCGCUCUGGGUCGCUUUAAACACUAACCAAGAAGCUAUCGCAUCUAUUUUAGUCAGACACGGCGUGGACACGGACUGCUGGGGCGAGGGACCCGACGGCUGUAUGCAGACGCUGCUGCACCGCGCUAUCGAUGAGAACAAACAGUCAGUCGCCCGCUUUCUCAUCCAAUCAGGCUGUGACGUCGACAGUCCGCGUCGCCCUGGCGCAGGGGGUCGUGGCGGGGACGAGGCCCGCGAUCAACAGAGCCCCCUGCAUCUCUGCUGUCAGUGGGGACUCAACGAGGUCGUCCAAACCCUCGUCGAACAUGGAGCCAACAUUAAUUCCAAGGAUGCCGAUGGCAAGACUCCGUUACAUGUAGCCAUUCAGAAUCAACAUAUUUCCAUCUUCACCUUGCUACUAUGUCAUCCUAGGAUCGAUCUUUCGAUUAGAGAUAAGAGCGGCCUGACUCCGUUCGCUACUGCUUUAACCUGCCAUGACACCAGGGCUGCCAAAGCUAUUCUCGAUAAGCUCCCUACUGCUGCUGAGCAGUAUGACAAUAAAGGACGCAAUUUCCUGCAUACGGCAGUCCAGAAGAAUGAUGUGGAGACUGUACUGUUCCUGCUCUCUAUUCAAGUCGAUGUCAAUUCAAGAGUUCAAGACUCCAAUCAAACGCCCACCCUCCACUUGGCUGCUGCCACAGCUAAUGAAAUGCUAGUCAGAAAUCUACUACUAGCAGGUGCUAAGCCAAACGAUCGAGAUGUUUGUCGAAGAACAGCUUUACACGUGGCGGCUGAAGCGGGGCACACCGAAGUAGUUAUUGCUCUCAUGCAGAACUCUGUUGACUUUGAUGCUGUAGAUGUUGAAGGAGAUAAUGCUCUACAUAUAGCAGCUAGGGAAGGGCACUACGCUGUGGCUAAAGCCUUACUCACUGAAUCCGAGCUCAAUGCCGAAGCUCUGAAUCUGAAAGGUCGAAAUCCACUGCACGUUUUGGCCAGAUACGCUCGCGAAAAUGCUGCCACUAUUUGUGAACUGUUCUUGGAAACUAUGCCAAAGUACCCACUAGAUAAGCCGGACUUGGAGGGAAAUACAGCUCUGAUGUUGGCUUACAUGAAAGGAAACGGAAAUCUGUGUAGAUCUCUUGUCAAAGCCGGAGCCUGCGUUGGCACAAUGAACAAAAAUGGAAUAACAAUAUUCAACUAUCAAGUUGCCACAAAAACACUUCUUUACAAUUUGUUGGAUCAUCUGUCUAACGAGCCACCAUGGGCGGAAGGCGACAUUUGUUUGGAGUGUGGAACAAAGUUUGGAAUCACAAUGAGAAAGCAUCAUUGCCGCCAUUGUGGAAGAUUACUUUGCAGUAGCUGUUCAAGUUUUGAAAUGCCCAUACUGAAAUUCAACCUGAAUAAACCUGUUCGUGUCUGUGGUGUGUGUCUCGAUGUCCUUCAAUUCAGAUGUGCCUAAAAAGUAUAUUAUGAAAGGCCUGUCAGUACAGCUGUGGUUAUCUACUAAAUUUUGUAUAAUAUUUCAUUAUAUAUACAUGUUCUAUUAAAAUAUUUGAUAUUUUAUUGCCUAUUAUAAGAAUAUUAAAAGAAUUUAUAUAUUA